AACCCUUACAGCUCCUCGAGCCAUUCCGAGGCUUUUCAAUUUCUCAAGCUAUUUUAUUCAUUGUUAUUUACCCCGUUUCCGCUCCCCACCGCUCCCCCGCCCCUCACCCUAACCUAUGGCCUCCCCGAUCGAUUCGGUGGCGCAUCCGCUGCCUAAUUGAGGUGGAGCUCGCACGGGGAUGGCCAGAGUGCCGUCGGCAUCGACGAUCGCGGUCUUCGAUUCUUCUUCGGCCAAGGCCUCAUCGCUGCUUCUUCCGCCGCCGUGCCCCAAGGCGGACUGAUCCAUCGAACGCAAGAGCCACCGAUCCCACGACCUCUGGAGAGAAAGUUGGUCUGUGGCGACUUCUGACUGGGAGGGGAGGGGAGGGGAGUUCGGUCAUGGCCACCGCUGGGAAGGGUAGCUUGGAGACGAUUCGGAGGGGGUUCCGGACUGCCUUGUUCAUGGUGACGAUGGUGGCCUCGUUGCUUGUGCUAUCGGCUCCCUUGCUUGUGGCGCUCGGGGAUGUCUCCGUGUCGCUGGCGCUGGCGUCGACGUUCGCUUGCGUGAGGUGCCAUGGAUUCAGAGGGUACCUCGACGGAUACAGUUUCCGGAGCUCCUUGAUGGAUAUACCUCUUGUUUCCGUCGUCAGAUCCCUCAUAAUCACAUGUGUGUAUUCUCUUUGUGAUAGUCCAGCCAUUUCUAGUGGACCAUUUCUUGGAACGGCAUUGCUAUGUUCCUUGGCUUCAGUUAUCAUCUUGUCAGUUAAAGCUUGUGUCUUUAGUCCUAUAUCAGAAAUUGAAACUGAUGCUUCACCCUCAUCGGUACGAGAGAGGCUUCAUUUGAAGAUAUCGUGUGGGAUGCCCAUACUUUUCCUUUCUUCAUUAGUCUUUGCACUUGGUCACACCGUGGUUGCUUAUAGAACGAGCUGUAGAGCACGGAGAAAGCUAUUGAUUCAUCGUGCAGAUCCUGAAGCGGUUCUGGCCUGCAAUGUAUUCUCUGGAUACAAGGUCCCUCGAUCUCCCACACCAUGCUCGGGGAAGUACUCAAAGUUUGAUGGUGAAAUCAAAAGAAAGGCUAUAGUUCAUCAUGAGUGUGAACUUCCAAUUAACUUUCUUGCUGAUGUGGAUAGUUUAUUCAUUACUUGCCAAGGGAUUACUGUUCAUUAUAAGAUUAGCCUUUUUGAAUCACCUAUUUCAUGGUCUUUGGCCUUGUCGCCUUCCCAUGAAUCUAGCCCUAAUGCAAGUCCUCGGGGCAUUUCAUCUGGUAGGCUUAAACUUGAGAAGCCUUUGAUACUUCCAUCUAAAACAAGUCAUCAUCUUAGUAGGAGCUUCAGUAACCAAUUUCAGAAUUCCUCCCUGUAUGCACCACUAUUGGCUGAUGCUACAAACUCAUCCAAUUUUUCUUCAGAUUCAAUACCUAGUUUUAGUCUCGAUGAUGGCUAUACUGAUGUAUGUUCAACUAAAUUCAUGAGCUUGAAACAUGGGAUUGAUGAAAGGGGCAAAGUUGCCAUAGUCUUGGUGCAUGGCUUUGGAGGAGGGGUUUUUUCGUGGAGAUAUGUGAUGAGUGCAUUGGCUAGGCAGGUUGGACUUCCAGUUGUUGCUUUUGAUAGGCCUGGUUGGGGAUUAACAACUCGCCCUCGUAGAAAGGAUUGGGAAGAUGAGCAAUUGCCAAACCCAUACAAGCUUGAAUCACAGGUGGAUCUUCUUAUCGCAUUUUGUUUGGAGAUGGGCUUUUCAUCUGUCAUCUUUGUUGGUCAUGAUGAUGGUGGCCUCCUUGUUCUAAAAGCAGCAGAGAAGAUCCGGGCAUCCAAUGGUUCUGCUAAUGUUGAAGUCAAGGGAGUGGUACUUGUUAGUGUCAGUUUAUCAAGAGAAGUUGUUCCUGCCUUUGCUCGAAUCCUCCUGCAUACUUCACUAGGGAAGAAACACUUGGUCCGCCCUUUGCUACGUACUGAAAUUACUCAAGUCAUUAACCGCCAUGCAUGGUAUGAUGCUACCAAGUUGACACCUGAAGUUACGAACCUCUAUAAGGCACCGUUAUUUGUUGAAGGAUGGGAUGAAGCACUACAUGAAAUAGGGCGACUAUCCUUUGCAACAGUCCUCUCUCCACAGAAUGCAGCAGCAUUGCUGAAAUCAGUUGAAGACUUCCCAAUUCUUGUAGUAGCUGGUGCUGAGGAUGCACUCGUGCCUCUGAAGUCUUCUCAAGCUAUGGCGUCAAAGUUUGUAAAUUCGAGACUCGUCGCAAUAUCAAGCUGUGGACAUCUACCCCACGAGGAGUGCCCCAAAGCGUUACUCGCGGCUCUCUCACCUUUUAUAACUAGACUGCUAUCCUCGCCAUUUGCAUUGCACGGCCGGUAGCAUCUAGUUUUCGUCUGAUGCCUUCAAUCAAAUAUUGUCUCCCUCAUUUUUCUCUUUUUAUUACGAGGAUUAGAGAUCUAACCCGUUGGGGCUUUUCUUUGUUUCUUUUUGUUUUUUUUUUUUUUCUGUUUGGGAUUUUCUUCUUUGGUUGUGGGUGGGGUUGACGCCAUUUUCAUGUUCAUGGUGUUUAGCUUGGAGCCGGACCCAAUGCUCAGGGUUGCUGGAGCUCGCACAUUCUUGAUCUUAGCGUUUUGCUUGUAACGCUUGUGAGGAUGGUUAUGAUAUUAAUGCGGCAGGAUAAGUUGUACA